UUCCGUUUCCCUCUGUUCCGUUGUCACCAUUUUCACACAAAAAAAAUCGUCAGUGAGUUGAUGAUAGCUAUGUACCAUGCUAGUUACCUUUACUGUUAGAUUUCUGCUUAUCGUACAUAUUUGGUAACAUUCCGGCAUGGACAAACGAGUCAAGAAGAGUACAGCCAGUACUGGUCCCCCACUUCCUCUCUCCUCUUUGCGACUAUUGGUUUCUCCUCUGCGGCUGAUGUAUUCCUUUGUAUGGCAUGUGGUGAAUCAACGAAAUGUGAUGCAUUAUGGGAAGGUCGAGGAAUUUGUAACUGUGGUGACUGAAGCUGUUCCAAAGUUGCUGAGUUACAAACAGAGGGCUCAACUCAUCCUGGGCCUGAGAGCAAGGAUGAUCUUGGAGUUGUUCCGCAAGGACCCACCCAACCUUCAGGACAUCCAACGUCUCCUGGAAAAGAUGAACAUCUUGGGGCAGCAAGAUGCAGAAGUGGAGGAGUCGCAGGCUAACUUUGUGGCGCUGGUCCAAACCCUGCUGAAAAACCCUUAUGAGAGGAAGCACUUCUUCCAGGAGGAGUUCCAUACACAGUAUGGCUCCAAGUAUGACACAGCACUGCAGGCCCUUGUGGGAGGCUUGGUCCUCAGACUGGAACGGCUGCUAUCUGUGCCAGAUCUCUCCCAGAUAGCCUCCAUUAUCAGUGCUGCCCCCUCUGACCUGGAGGAGUGUGGACAGUCUGUGUCUGACCCUGAGCACCUGAAGAUCCUCCUCCAGCACCAGAACCUGCUAAAUAAGAUUCAGUUUGUACCGGUCACAUCUUCUGUGGGUGACUGUGUGCUGUCCUCGCUGUCCUUCCGCCUCACCUGUGGAAUGCCAUCAAUGGAGCCAGAUCUUGACAAGCCAUCAGAAUCAUUAGAAGCCGCUCUAAGCCUCAUGAACCCUGCCUCCUUCAGUGACUUGGAGGAUCUGGGAAUGAUGUCAGAUGACUCUGACCAUGCUGGAGAAGAUAGUACUGUAGAGAGAGAAGAGGAUGCAGUGCGUGCCGGUGAAGAAGAGAAUGCACUUCCAGAGAGCGCCGUGGUCUGCUCUUGUCCUCAAGGUGUUAGUGGACUGGUGGGAGGGGCACCAUCAAAAGGGGCACCAACAGUAAGGAGCAUGCUGCAAACGAUGAGACAGCAACAGCUUGUAUCACUGAUGAAUACUUCCAUCACUGAAGCCUCUCCUUCACAGAUAGUCAUCCCUGCUACGGAUAACCAGCCGGUCGAGCUGACGAGUGUCGACCAGUGGGUCCCCCAUAUUGCCAGUUACACUUUAUCGCUCCAUUCCUUGCCACCCCUUCCACAAAACGAUCAUUUGGACAAGGAGAUGGAGUCUGCCGACACAGGUCUCGGGAGCAGUGUGGUGAUCGGGGGUCAGGAAACAGAGGUCGAUCUCUUUGAGAGUUCCAUUAUCCAAAGGAAGAGGCUGCAAAAGCCACUACGAGUAGCGUGCUCUAGAAAGAGAAACCCUGCAACCAACUCCUGCCAAGAGUGUGGGAAGCGUUUUCUGUCUCGGGGACGGCUGGAGGAUCACCUCCGCAUACACACCGGAGAGAAACCUUUCAAAUGCACCGAUUGUAGCAGGUUCUUCAGGACGUUGGCACUCCUGACCAACCAUAUGAAAAUUCACUCUGAUGUGCGGCCCUUUAGCUGCGACGACUGUGGCAAGUGCUUUCGGAGAAAGGUUGGCCUUCAGAAUCACCAUCGCGUCCACACGGAUGCGAGACCAUACAAAUGCACCAUCUGUGGAAAGGGUUUCACCCAAGUACAGUACUGCAAACGACACAUGGAUUGUCAUACAAGUGAGAAUACCUAUUUCUGCACUCAUUGUCCGAAGAGUUUUCCAACCCAAUUCCAGCUGUCUGCCCACCAGCGCUGGCACACCACGGACCGCCCGUACGCCUGUGAGCAGUGUGGGUUGCGCUUCUUUAUGCCAAGCUUGUUAAAGAGACACAUGGGCUACCACAUCGGGAACCGCCAGUUCCUGUGUGCCCAGUGCGGAAGGACCUUUGUCUAUGAGUUUGACCUAAAGAGACACCAAAAAGACCAUGACCCCAGUCCCAAACUCCCCUGCCCUGUCUGCCAGAAGAUGUUUGGCAACAACAGCCUACUCCAGGCCCACGUACGCAGGCACUCUUCAGAGAAACCUUACAGAUGUGACAUAUGCGACAAGACCUUUAAAGACAGCGGGGGCCUCCGCAUACACAAGCGGGGGCUGCACUCGAACGAACGCCCUUACAGCUGCGACGAGUGUGGGAAGACCUACAAACUACACACGCACCUGAGGGAGCACAAGUUUAAACACACAGGGGAGGGCCACAGCUGUGGCCAGUGUGGAAAAGCCUUCAGGUACCUGCGUCUCCUGAAGGCGCACGAGCGGUCGCACUCCAAGCCAUCUGAGCUCACACGGCGAAACAGUCACACCAGCCGUCGCAGGAGACAUUCUUCCAAAAGGAGUUGAUUUUCUCACAUCUGCACACCCUUUACUGGUGCUACAGUAAUAUACAACCGUAUUCAACUUUGUCAAUUCCAUCUCAUUAGCUGUAGGGUUGUUAUGUAGGGCAGCCCAGGGUUCCUCUGUGUUGUCUUAGGAAUGCUGCAUUAUCCCACCAUUCCCCCAUUCUGUCACAUCGCUGUGGUGCAGAGGGGCGACGUGAUGGGGGAUGGUGAGAUAUUUGACUUGAAUGGAGAAGAGGGUCUCUGCUGUUCAGGACUGCUACUCACGGAGUUUCGCUUUCGCUGGCCCUCUGAUCAGACAUACUGGGACUAUAUAUGCCCUUAUUACAUGAUACACAGCAUAUCAAGUACAUGUUCUAAUGUCAUUUCAAAUCAUGGGAUGACAUACAUGGUCUAUUUUGAGCAGUAGCAGUAUUGCUGUUCUAACAGCCAUGCAUACAAAACCGGUUGUGCGUCUGAAGGCUCCCAGAAAACCUGUGGACCUGCAAUUCAUAUUGUGAAUCUGUGGAAGUGUGUUCAGUGAGGUGUGUUCGGUAAACCAGUGAAACAACCACUGUCAGGUGCAGUACGCUCUCAAGAGAACGCGGUUUUUACCUGUUAACUUGGAUCAGGAUUGGGGAUCAAUUACAUUUGAAUUCGGGAUCUUUCUAAAAUAAAAUAAUUUGAGUUACUACCUGAAUUGACUGGAAUUGAUAUGUCAUUGAAUCCAACCCUGGUUUGGAUACAGUCUCAUGGCUUCUCGCAGUAUAAUCAUCAGUGUUUUAUAGUUACAUGUACAGGGUUGCAGGUGUAAUUGCGGGGUACAGUGACAAUCUUAGGGUCCGAACUCCAACAGUGUAGUUCUUCAAUUUGUGCUUCUUGCUCUAUCGCAAUGUUCUUGUUUAAUUCAAAAGCUUAUAGGCUACAUUAAUUUGUGUGUUUCUUUUGGACAUGAAACCGUCUCCAACAAGUGUGUGCCACACAUUUCCUGUUCUGCAACAUUUAUUUCCUGUAGCUGCCAUUUAAACCUUCAGAGAGAGAGAGAUGUUUUUAUUCUUCCAGAUGCAGCAUUACCCUUCUUGUAGGCACAUCAGAAAUUGUGUGAACAUACGUGUUAUGGCUAUGCUGGAGUUGUCAUUUUAUAUUUAUUUUUAUGAAUCAUGAGAUUUAUCUGGUGGAUGUCAGUUUGCCUCAUCAGUCUUUUGACAUCAACAAUAUUUUAAGGUAAGCAAUACACUAAGUUAAUUUUGUUGUAAUAGUUAUAGCUAACAAGAUUGCAACAGAAAAUAUAUAUACUUUUUGUUAAAUUUUCAUUUUUGGAUAUAAAAAAGAUGUAUUUAUUUUUGCUCCGAAAACUUUGGGGGCCUAAUAAAACCACCCGCGGACCAAAUUCGCAGGCCGCCAGUUGGGGAACCCUGCAUUAAAAUGUAUUAAUAGAACUACUUAAUAACUAUAUGCGAAUUUAUCUAACACUGUUCAUUUUCAGUAUGUGUGACUUGUUAUAGUAAGUAUCAUUUACCUUAUGCAGACUUUUAAGUAACAGUGCAAACAGAUGGAUAUAUUUUUAUGAUUCAACCUUUUCUAUCAUGCUAUGCUAUUUUUAGCCUUGAAUUAAGUUGUGAGGGAAUGAUAACCACGUGGCUGGGUAUCAUGUUAAAACAACUUGAACCAGGUCAUACACUACUGUCCCUCCCAGGAAGGAAUGCUCUUCCUGGUGAAUGUCACAAGUCUGACAAAGUGACACUAAACAUCACAAAAAACUGAAUGUACAGUACAGUGCCCUCAAAGUAUUCAGACCCCUUGACAAUUUCUACAUUUUGUUACAUUACAGCCUUAUUCUGAAAUGUAUUAAAUAUUUUUUCCCAGUAAUCUACACACAAUAACCCAUAAUGACAAAGGGUAAACAGGUUUUUAGAAAUGUUUGCAAAUGCAUACAUAAAAAAAUGAAAUACCUUAUUUACAUAACUAUUCAGACCCUUUGCUAUGACUUUGCUAUUUAACUCAGAUGCAUCCUGUUUCCAUUGAUCAUCCUUGAGAUGUUUCUACAACUUGGAGUCCACCUGUUGUAAAUGAACUUGAUUGGACAUGUUUUGGAAAGACCCACACCUGUCUAUAUAAGGUUCCACAGUUGACAGUGCAUGUCAGAGCAAAAAACAAAUGUUUGUUAGAAGUUAACUUUUUUGUAUUGAAUAAAUGUUUUUUGGUGACAUGAAAUGUGCUUAUGAUGCAUUGUAAAUUGCAUACACUCUUAGGUAAAGAGCUAUGUGGUUGCAAGUCACAAAUAAAUGGCACUAUGUU